GAAAAAGGUCGGCAUAGAGCCUCUCUCAGGUUUCUGGCUGAUAUUAUAAGUUUAGACAUAUAUAUGUAUAUACACACAUAUCCAUGAUACUAAUCAUGAAAUUAGUAUCAUAUUGACUUGGUGCAAUAAGUUGAAGUGAAAUAAAUAUACGUCUUUUAUUUUAAUUUAUUGUACACCUAUUCAGAGAGUACAUACAGGUUAGAAAUGGUCUUUGAACAUGACUUUGUGUAAUGUGGUGUUUACAUUUCGACGUUUUGUCUUGUCUCGCGUAGAAAUUAUUCUUUCUCGAGCCAUUGGAAGUAGUGAAACGAUUGAAUUCGUGGCAGAAGGCAAUUCGAUGAAACGGACAAGAGCAGCUACUAGGAUUCAACAGGAGGAUAAAAUAGAGAAGAAUAAGGAUAAUGAAGAUACGGUGAUAUCAGAAAGACCAAAAUUGAAUCUCAAGUCCUUACGAAAUCAAGAAUAUCGGGAUACUGAAAAUGUAUACAACACGACAGAUUCUCAAAUUUCUGUAUCCUCUAAAAGCUCCAAGAAAUCUCAGAAAGAGCCAAAGAUGGAAACUCACAUUGAAAGAGGAAAUAAAAGAAAGGUGGAAAAGUUGGAACCAAACACGAAUACUAGCAAAGGAAAACCGAGAGCAGUCGUGGAUUUGGAAAUGAUGAAGUUGGAAUUAAGUCAAUUAGAAGAUCCUCCUAUGACACCAUCGGAGAAGGAAUUAUCUUCUGGCCGACUGCAGUAUGAAUUCUUUGACAUUCCCUGCGAAGAGCUGGCACAGCGGUUGUUAGGAAAAAUACUUGUAAGAUAUUUCGAGAAUGGAACUAUCCUCAAGGGUAGAAUUGUAGAGACUGAAGGAUAUUUAGGUGCGAUUGAUAAGGCUUCACAUUCUUACCAGAACAGAAUUACACCUCGCAACUUGCCAAUGUACAUGUCACCAGGAACUAUUUAUAUUUACAUGACAUAUGGCAUGUACCAUUGCUUCAAUAUCUCUAGCCAAGGUGAUGGAUGCGCGGUGCUGGUGCGAGCUGUCGAUCCCAUAGAAGGCAUGGAGCACAUGGCUUAUCAGCGUAACACUUCGAAAACGAGGAAAGUCGAUCUAAAACCACAUGAACUAUGCAAUGGUCCUUCAAAGCUCUGCAUGGCGUAUCAGCUUAACAAGCAGCACAGCAGGUACUCUCUCUGUACAUGGAAGAAUUUAUGGAUCGAGGACGAUUGUGCGUUAAAGGAUAUUAAAAUUGUAAAAUCCGCCAGGAUUGGAAUCGAUAGCUGCGGUCCAGAAUGGGCCAACAAACCUUUACGUUAUUACAUUUAUGACAAUAAAUCCGUUAGCAAGAGAAACAAAAAAGCAGAGAUGGAAAUCGUUUAACAGCUUGAAGUUGAUCAUUUUAUCAAGUCCAAUCUGCAUGCUUCUACAUAAAAAGAAAACAAAUAUUCAUCUCGAUUGUAUAUAAAAACAUUUUUUAUAAAUUUUAAUCAAUACAAAAAGCAAUAAUCAGUCAUUUGAAUAAGAUAUUGAGUUAUCAUCACGAAUUAU